AAAAACACAAACAUUUGUAAUAACUUUAGUAUGUUUGUUUUAAUAAAACAGAUUUAUAACAAUGAAGAUAACUUUAAGGAAAACACUAACUUGUACAGCUUUAUCAUGCUAUGCUUUAUUUAUUUACAAAAUUUUUAUAACUUCGUAUUAUUUUAUGUCAUGGAUAUCUGAAAACAACACUAAAAGAGGUUAUAAAACGUAUCUCAAAAAAAAUAAAUGGAAUGAUGUUGAUAAAGCAAACAUCAAAAAUAAUAUCUCAUACGUCGGCUACGAAAAAAAAUUUCAAAAUUAUGAGUUAGUUAAAGGUUAUGUAGCAAACAUUAGAAACAAUAAAUUAGUUGAUAGCUUUGAAACAGAUAUACAAAAUAAUAGCUCCGUUCCUGUUUUUGAAACGAACUUCAAAAAAAAUCAAGUUGAUGCUAGAAAUAAAAUCACAAUCAACAACUCAGGUUUUUAUAAAAAAUGGAAAAAGAAAAACGACUUUGAUGUAGCUUAUGAAACAAACACCAAAAAAAUAAAAUUAGAUGUUGGCGAUAAAACGAACUUUAAAAACAAUUAUUUAAAUGAUGAUUAUAAAAAAAGCAGGAAUAAAAAUAGAUUAAACCAUGUUGGCUAUAAAGAGAGGACAAAAUAUAAUGUCUUUAGCAUUAGCAAUAAAACGAAAACUGAAAAUAACAACGUAAAUAUUAUUUCCAAAACAAAUAAAAAAGUUAUUGACAUUAAACUUAAAAUGAUACAAAGCAAACCCAUAAAAAUAACGCAAAAUAUUAGAACAGAUUGGACGGAUAUGAUUAAAGUUCACCAAAAUAUAUAUAAUAAAUUUACAGAUAAAGAGCUUCAAAAUUAUUUUGCGCAAGAGCGAAUAUCAAAUAAAUUGUUUGAAAAUCCAUUAGAUAUUACUUCCGAUUUCAAUCUUUUAAAAAGUUUGUUUCCGAAUCCGAUUGAACAUCGAGAUAGAGUGAUUGGUCAACUGCUACUUAAACUAAAGACAAAUGAAACAAAAAUCAUACUGACCUACAAUCAGGAUAUAAUCAGUAAUGCUAAACUAAAAAAGUGCAAUGUUAACAAAUGUAUUGUUAAAACAAAUAUUAGUGAACUUUCAUCAGCUGAUGUUGUUUUAUUUGAGAGUUCACAUUCUUUGCGCACUAUAAAAAAGCAUAAAAAAAAUCAGGUUUGGAUAUUAUAUCAGCUUGAAUCUCCAUUAAAUAGUGCAAUUCAAGUGGCUAAAAAUUUAAUUAAUUGGACUGCAACUUACCGUCGUGAUAGCGUCAUUAGUACACCCUACGAACGUUUCACUCCAUAUCUAAAUGUUAGCAAAUUUCCUAAAAAUCCAUUGCGAAAUUACGCUUUAAAUAAAACAAAAUCUGUUGCUUGGUUUGUAUCUAAUUGUGCUGAUGAUAACGGCCGCUCCAUUUUAGCAAAAAAACUUAGUAAAUACAUUAAGGUAGAUAUUUACGGACUUUGUGGCACAUUAGAAUGUCAAAGGAGUGACGUAGAUUGUUUCAAAAAAUUAAAAAGAGAGUACAAGUUUUACUUGUCUUUUGAAAACUCCAAUUGCAAAGAUUACGUCACUGAAAAGUUGUUUUGGAACGCUUAUGAAAAUGAUGUUGUACCAGUUGUUAUGGGAGCUCAUCCUAAUGAAUACAAAAGGAUUGCUCCCCCUCACAGUUAUAUUCAUGUGGACGAUUUUCCAUCAGUAAAAGAUCUUGCAAAGUAUUUAAAUUUUCUCGAUCAAAAUGACAUAUAUUAUAAUCAAUACUUUUUAUGGAAAAAUACUGGAUCGUUUAUCGACACUAAAUUCACAUGCCGGUUAUGUGCGAUGGCACAUUUGGCACCCAUGUUUCCGAUGUGGUAUUCUAACCUAAAUAGUUGGUGGAGUGAAACAUGUCUAGUAAAUACCAAGAUUGCAUCUUGGAAAAAUGAGAAAGAAAUAAAGUCUUAUGCAAAGCAUAUAAAAUAUGGAUACAAACGCAAAUAAUAAACCUAUUUACAAAAGUAGAUAAUUUUAUUGACACUAAAGAUCACAGCUACAUUCUUUAAUAAAUGUACUUGUGACUUUUGAGGUUUUCGAUUUUAUCUCUUUAACAUCUAUUUUUUUCUACCUUUUACGCUUUAUAUUUUUGAUAUAUAAAAACAUUAUCUUUUGGUCCGUGGUUGCAGGUUAUGAAGCUUUAGUUGGAGUGAACCCUGGCUUUUAUAGAUAUUUGCAUGUUGUUUCUGUAUAUAAUACACAACAACAAUAAUGUCAACUGUCUGCAGUAGAAUAAACCAUAACAUAAAUAUGUUAUAAAAAGUAACUAAAAUAUUUUAAAUAA